GGAACAAAAUGAAGAUGAUGUUUGAUUACCGUUGCAAGAUGGUCCUGGACGAAAACAGAUCAUCCAGCGUCUUGACUGAAUUUCCUCGCUUCAGAGAUGUCAGAGGCUUGAUUGAGCAAGACUUCAUUCUGGAAUUUGGAGAAGAUGUAGCUACCAGGUUUUUGGAGAGGUGGCCGACUGUUUUCAAGCAUAAAGUGAUCCAGCAGAGCAAGACUCUCCCUACCUCAACCGACCUUGAAGAAGUGAUCUACUGUGCUGAAGGAGCUUCAAGUGAGGAGGAACUGGAUGAGACCCUUACCUCUGGCUGGGACAGUGAUCUUGCUUCCAUCAUUCUCCUGUUCCACCUGAUUCCUCCUUCCUGUCAGGGUUACAAAAGACGUGGGAAGGUUUCUCCAUCCCAGGAUGAGGAGCACCAUGUGGUCUUCCAGAAGGUUUGUAAUAGUGGAACAAGUGUCCAGGAACAUGCUGAUGCCAUGAACUCCACUACGCAGCCCUACCCACUUGCUGUUGGGACAAAGAGGAGCACCAUUCAUGAGUUCUUCAUUGUUCUGGACAAGCAGGUCGUACCAUGCAAGUCAGCCAGCUCACUUGGAGCUUUUGAUGAAAUUUUUCACUUCGUAUUUGGAACUGUUUAUAAUCAAAUCCUCCACAACAUGUACGUCUUGGAACUUGGAGAGUUAAAGGAAGGUGCUGAAAUUGCUUCAGAACUUUGUAGUGAACACUCUCUCUCUCCAUGUCAAACACAAAAUUACUUUCAACUGGGGCUACAGAAUUUCAUCGGCAACAACAUAUUCCUAAUUGGUCACUGGUAAUCUAAAGAUCUAAUUUGAAAAGCUUUUGUGUAAAAUUUUAUGUGACCUUAAGAAAAUGGGUGCUUUUAACUUUGUC